GUGUAGGUGUGAGGUACGCAGAGAUACAGAUAGGUAAUGGGCACAUUGAAAGCUGGUGAAAUACUCAACUAACAGUAUAUGGCUCUCUUUGCUUCUUCUGUCUUCCCUCUUCCUCUGUUUAAGUCAAACUCAGAUCCCUAUCGUCUGUUCUCUACCAAGAAAGGGUUCAAUUUGGGAUUCCAGAAGCUUAAAACCAGAAGAUUACACAGGACUAAAGUGGCGGUACAUUUUGCAAUGUUUUCAGAAAAUCCACUCAUCGGAGAUUUAAUCGCCACUGCAUUUUCCGGUGGUAUUGCCUUUUCCAUGCUUCGAUUGUGGGAAGAAACAGCCAAGAGAGGGGUUUUCGAUCAGAAAACGAACAGAAAGCUUGUUCAUAUUAGCAUUGGGCUAGUCUUCAUGCUCUGCUGGCCAAUGUUCAGUUCUGGUCAACAAGGAGCAAUUCUAGCAGCUUUUAUUCCCGGUCUUAACAUAAUAAAAAUGCUUCUUUUGGGAUUAGGAAUAUGGAAAGAUGAUGCAACUGUCAAGUCUAUGAGCCGAUUUGGAGACCACAGGGAGCUUCUCAAGGGACCAUUGUACUAUGCCUUUUCAAUCACUUAUGCUUGUGCUAUAUAUUGGAGAUAUUCUCCUAUUUCAAUUGGACUAAUUUGCAACCUUUGUGCUGGUGAUGGUAUUGCUGACAUUGUUGGCAGGAGGUUCGGAAAACAGAAACUCCCAUACAAUAAAAACAAAUCAUUUGCUGGUAGUAUUGCAAUGGCAGCUGCUGGUUUCUUAGCAUCCCUUGGAUUCUUGCUCUAUUUCUCCUUGUUGGGGUAUAUUCAGGUGAGCUCCAAGACGGUCUUAGGGUUCUUGUUUAUGUCUCUUGCUGCAGCACUGGUUGAAUCCCAUCCUCUAAGCAGUGAACUCGAUGACAACUUAACAGUUCCCUUAACCUCAGUGCUGGUAGGCAGUCUUGUUUUAUGAUAUCAGAUUGUAGCCUGAGAUGGAUGAACUGUAACACUUAGAAAUGCUAACUGAAAAUGGGUAAUGUGUUAGUCUAACACAGUAUUGUGUAUCACUAAGUAUGGAGAACUCUGCAUUACACAAAACUUGUUAGUUUUUAUUGUGGUAUUGUUAAA